CUCCCUCUCUCCUCAUUCUCUUUGUUUCUCUCUCUCUCUCUACCUACAACCAACCACCGAGAGAGAGAAGUUUCAUCAUUUUCCCUCUGUUUUUCCGGCCACUGUUUUCCCCUCACUUCUGUACCUGUUUUCCGUUUCUCGCCGGAAUCCGGUGCUCUUCUCUUUCCUAUUAUCAUUACAUCUACCGGAUUCCGCAGGCUGUUUCUAUUUCUUCUCGUUUUCUGUUCAGUUCCGGUGUUGGUUUGGCCUCAUGCAGCCGGAAUCCAGGUCGAUGAAGGUCUCUCCGUUGGAGCUUAUGUCUGCAAUAAUCAGGAAGGCGAUGGAUCCGUCACAGGAUUCUUCUGAGUCGGUUCGGGAAGUAGCUACUCUAAUCUUGGACAACAGAGAGUUCGUUAUGAUCUUGACUACCUCGAUUGCGGUUCUGAUCGGCUGCGUCGUGGUCUUUGUUUGGAAGAGAUCCAGUGGUCAGAAGGCUAAACCGUUCGAGCCUCCUAAGCAGUUGAUAGUCAAAGAGCCCGAGCCGGAAGUAGAUGAUGGCAAGAAGAAGGUCACUGUCUUUUUUGGCACGCAGACCGGCACCGCUGAAGGUUUUUCAAAGGCUCUUGCCGAGGAGGCAAAAGCUCGAUAUGAGAAGGCGACAUUUAGAGUGGUUGAUUUGGAUGACUAUGCAGCCGAUGACGAUGAGUACGAAGAAAAGUUGAAAAAAGAGACUUUAGCUAUUUUCUUCUUAGCUACAUAUGGUGAUGGUGAGCCAACGGAUAAUGCAGCAAGGUUCUAUAAAUGGUUCUCUGAGGGGAAAGAGAAGGGAGAAUGGAUUUCAAAUCUUCAGUAUGCAGUAUUUGGUCUUGGUAACCGGCAAUAUGAGCAUUUCAAUAAGAUUGCAAAAGUGGUCGAUGAACAGCUUGCUGAACAGGGUGGAAAGCGUCUUGUCCCAGUGGGUCUAGGAGAUGAUGAUCAGUGCAUCGAGGAUGAUUUCUCUGCUUGGCGUGAAGCAUUAUGGCCUCAGCUGGAUAAGUUACUUCGAGACGAGGAUGACUCCACAACAGUUUCAACCCCAUAUACUGCUGCUGUAUUGGAGUACAGGGUGGUAUUCUAUGAUGCUGCAGAUGUACCCGGUGGGGACAAGAGAUGGGCUUUUGCAAACGGUCAUGCUGUUUACGAUGCUCAACAUCCAUGCAGGGCUAAUGUGGCCGUGAGAAAGGAACUUCAUACUUCUGCAUCAGACAGGUCUUGCACCCAUCUGGAGUUUGAUAUUUCUGGCACUGGACUGACAUAUGAAACUGGAGAUCAUGUGGGUGUUUUUUGUGAGAAUUUGGAUGAAGUUGUAGAGGAGGCUAUUCGUUUAAUUGGUCUGUCACCUGAAACAUAUUUCUCUAUCCAUACCGAUAACGAAGAUGGCACACCGUUAAGUGGAAGUUCAUUGCCACCACCUUUUGCACCUUGCACGUUAAGGACUGCAUUGACUCAAUAUGCAGACCUUUUGAGUUCACCCAAGAAGUCUGCCUUGGUUGCUCUAGCUGCUCAUGCUUCUGAUCCAGCAGAGGCUGAUCGACUAAGGCAUCUUGCAUCACCUGCUGGAAAGGAUGAGUAUUCACAAUGGAUAGUUACAAGUCAGAGAAGUCUUCUCGAAGUUAUGGCUGAAUUUCCAUCUGCAAGGCCGCCACUUGGUGUCUUUUUUGCGGCAGUUGCCCCACGCUUGCAGCCUCGAUACUACUCUAUAUCAUCUUCUCCAAGGAUGGCCCCAUCUAGAAUUCAUGUAACUUGUGCAUUGGUCUAUGACAAAACACCAACUGGACGAAUUCACAAAGGUGUAUGCUCAACUUGGAUGAAGAAUGCUAUUUCACUAGAGGAGAGCCAAGCAUGCAGUUGGGCACCCAUUUAUGUUAGGCAAUCAAACUUCAAGCUUCCCACAGAUUCUAAAUUGCCCAUUAUCAUGAUUGGUCCUGGAACGGGGUUGGCACCUUUCAGGGGGUUCUUGCAGGAAAGGUUGGCUCUGAAAGAAGCUGGUGUAGAAUUAGGACACUCCAUAUUGUUCUUUGGGUGCAGGAACAGGAAAAUGGAUUACAUCUAUGAGGAUGAGCUGAACAACUUUGUUGAAACUGGUGCACUUUCUGAGUUGAUUGUUGCGUUCUCACGUGAGGGGCCCUCUAAGGAAUAUGUGCAGCAUAAAAUGGUUGAAAAGGCAUCGGAUAUUUGGAAGCUAUUAUCUCAAGGGUCUUACAUUUAUGUUUGUGGUGAUGCUAAGGGCAUGGCCAGAGAUGUCCACCGAACUCUUCAUAACAUUGUGCAAGAACAGGGAUCUCUCGACAGCUCGAAGGCUGAGAGUAUGGUUAAAAAUCUUCAAAUGAGUGGCAGGUAUCUCCGUGAUGUGUGGUAAAAAUUUUCCAUUUAUUUGGAGGAACGAGAAAAAUAUGGAAAAGAAAAAAAGUAUUAUUAUUAUAUCUGCGUCAAGUAAAUGAAUUCUUAGAACAAAAAAGGGCGCUCUUUCAGUGCUUAUUGAAGGGCAAUUAAGGUCAGCUUUAAGCUAAGCUCUGCUCAUUAUUAUGGCAGAAAGGUCUGUGAUUCAUUUCUUUCUUUCUUUUAUUUUCCAAUUCCUCUCUCCUUAUACAAAAAGGGUUCUUUGUUGUAAUUUAUAGACCUAAUAAGUAUGAUGAGUAGGACUAGUUCAUGGACUCCUGAUUUUCCCUGUAAGAACCAAAAAAUAUGGUUCAAAUAUCACACGACUCUUGUAAUUCUCACCUUAUUAUGUAUACAUAAUAUAUUAGGGUCAAAUUUAGUUUUAAUAAAUGUGUGUUUCGAGGAGGCAUUCAAGUCUCUAAGCUC